AUGAUGAUGACGGAGAAGAAAGCAGUUGAGGACUCAGGAGUCCCUAAAAACAAAAAAGCGAAAAUUGCUAGAGUUAAAAAUAAAAUGCCAGCAGCCGUGCAAAUAACUGCAGAGCAGCUUCUUAGAGAGGCUAAAGAAAGAGAAUUAGAAGUUACGCCUAAAGCACCACAGCAAAAGAUUACAAGUCUUUCUGAGUUACGCGACUUCCAGCUGCGUAAACGCAAGGAUUAUGAAGAUAACAUCAGGAAGAACAGGUUGGCUAUGCAGAAUUGGAUUAAAUAUGCGAAAUUCGAGGAAUCUCAGGGUGAAUUACAACGGGCUCGUUCAGUUUUCGAACGAGCUUUAGAUGUGGAUUACCGAAAUAUAGGUCUUUGGUUGAAAUAUGCUGAAAUGGAAAUGCGACAUAAACAAGUGAAUCAUGCACGUAAUUUAUGGGAUCGAGCUGUAACUUUAAUGCCUCGAGCCAAUCAAUUCUGGUAUAAAUAUACAUAUAUGGAGGAGACAUUAGGGAAUAUUGCUGGUGCAAGACAAAUAUUUGAAAGGUGGAUGGAAUGGCAACCAGAAGAACAAGCUUGGCAUGCCUAUAUCAACUUUGAACUACGCUAUAAGGAAAUGGAUAGAGCGCUUCAUCCUGAGCCAAGAAACUGGAUUAAAUAUUCAAAGUUUGAAGAGAGAAAUGGUUUUAUAAAUUCAGCCCGACAGGUAUUUGAGAGAGCUGUAGAAUUUUUUGGAACAGAUAAUCCACAAGCGCGGCUACUGAUUGAUUUCGCUCGGUUUGAAGAACGUCAAAAAGAGUAUGAACGUGCACGGGUCAUUUACAAGUAUUCCCUAGAAAAUCUACCAAAAGAAGAUUGCCAAGAAAUUUACAAAGCCUAUACACUUCAUGAAAAGAAAUAUGGUGAUCGUUUAGCUAUCGAAGAUGUUAUUUUGAGUAAAAGGAAAUUUCAGUAUGAGGAAGAAGUUCUAGCUAAUCCACAUAAUUAUGAUGUAUGGUUUGAUUAUGUUCGGUUAAUGGAAGAAGAAAGUUCAGUUGAACAAACAAGAGAAAUAUAUGAACGUGCUAUUGCCAAUGUACCUCCAAUCAAAGAAAAACGAUAUUGGAGACGGUAUAUUUAUCUUUGGUUAAAUUAUGCACUUUACGAGGAGUUGACUGCAGCUGAUAUGGAGCGAACGCGUCAAGUCUAUCGAUUCUGCUUGAAAUUAAUACCGCACAGACGUUUCACAUUCGCUAAAAUGUGGUUAUAUGCAGCUAAAUUUGAAAUACGUCAGAAAAAACUAACGGAUGCUAGAAAAUUAUUGGGUACAGCAUUGGGUAUGUGUCCAAAGGAUAAACUAUUUCGUGGUUAUAUUGAAUUGGAGAUUCAACUCAGAGAAUUUGAUAGAUGUCGUAAAUUGUAUGAAAAAUUCUUGGAAUUCUCUCCUGAAAAUUGUACUACAUGGAUGCGGUAUGCAGAAUUAGAAAGUCUCCUUGGUGAAACAGAUCGUGCACGCGCUAUCUAUGAACUAGCAAUCAAUAGACCUUUGUUAGAUAUGCCAGAAUUAUUAUGGAAGGCGUAUAUUGACUUUGAAAUUGAACAGUAUGAUUGGGAACGAGCUCGUUCACUUUAUCGACGAUUAUUAAGUCGAACAAAACAUGUUAAAGUAUGGUUAAGUCUUGCCAACUUUGAAUUAUGUGCAUUGAACAAACUGACAGCCGACGAUUUAGACGAUGAAGAUUUAGAGCAUUUGAAAAAUGUUGAAUUGAACAAAGAAACAUUACUACAAGAACACAAUGAAAAUGAGAUUAAAAAGGCAAUAGAACGUUCACGGAAAGUAUACCAAGAAGCAAAUAAAGCCUUGAAGUAUAUAGAGGAUAAAGAACAACGCGUUCGUCUGCUUGAAGCUUGGAAAGAAUUUGAGUACGAAUAUGGAACUGAGAAAACGCAACAAGAUGUUGACAAGUUACAACCACAAAAAGUUGUGCGCAGUCGUCGGCUUGGUGAUGAACGCAGUGGUUGGGAAGAAUACAUUGAGUAUUCAUUCCCUGAUACCGACGCAGAAAAACCAAAUCAAAAACUACUUACAAUGGCUGCAAGAUGGGCGGAACAGAUGGAGAGGAAAAAAGCCGCUGCAGCAGCCGAAGGCAAAGAGGAUGAUUCUAGUGAAGAAUCUGAAGAAGAGGAGGAGGACGAAGAAGAAGAGGAUGACGAAUUACAAGGUGAUGAAGAUGAUAAUCGCAUUCCUGAAAGAGAACCGACAUGGUUUGAACGCAAGAAUAUGGAGGAGAUUGAAAUCGACGAAGACAGUGAUUAA